CUCCACUGUCCCCGUGACCCGCGCCGGCCUCAUUCGUACUGUACCGUAUCUCUUGGAAGUCUAUCUACAGGGCAAUACGCCUUGUUCGCAUGGUCGGCAUCGUAUUGCACGCCUCAAUGCAUCCCUAAAAUAGACCAGAAUAUGAAGACUGUCAUACAACGUGUCAAAUCCGCCUCGGUAACGGUCGACGGCCAACUCAUUUCCACCAUCUCCAAAGGCCUGCUUAUUUUCGCUGCUGUUGGCAAGGAUGACACACCCAAGGAAGUGGAGUCGAUGGCCAGCAAAGUGUUGAAGGCAAAGUUUUGGGAUGAUGAGAACGGCGGCAAAUGGAAGAAGAACGUGCAGGAGAUUGAUGGCGAGGUGCUUUGUGUCUCUCAAUUCACCCUGCUAGCGACGAUGAAGAAAGGCAACAAACCCGACUUCCACAAAGCUGCACCGGCUGCUAAAGGAAAGGAGUUGUACGACAUUUUCAUCGGCAAGGUCCGCUCUCUCUACCACGAGGACCGGGUCAAAGACGGCGUUUUCCAAGCCAUGAUGGAUGUCGGACUGGUGAACGAUGGGCCGGUUACGAUUGAGAUUGAGACGAAUCCGCCAGAAAUGAAGAAUCCUUCUGGUCUUCCGCAACGGCCGGAAGAAGGCGAUACGAUGAAGGGACAUAUCCACAAGCAGUUUGAACUGCCAGCUUCGCUUCUGGAGUGAUGUCUUGUAUUCCACACCCUGCCCGACAUUUCCAGAGAGGAGAAAUGCAGCGGCUUUCUGGCCCUUAACUGGCAUACGAAGGCUACGAGGCUACAAAAGCUCAAACCUCAGCCAGCAAUGCCCGCUCCUCUCACCAGCUACGAACACAUCU